AUGAAGUCAAAGAAAGGUGCGACAAGACCGCCAUCGACUCGAGUGGAAAGCACAGGGGCCUCCGUCUUAUGGGGCGCUUCAUCGCCAAGUAUACAUGGUGGGGAGAUCAGCAACUCGCAGAGGGAUCAAAUCAGGAGCACAAUCAUUAUUAAUGUGGGUGGGUCUGACUCGGACGCAUCGCGGGCGACCUCAGCGGUAAAGAAGAGCAACACGUCCGAGUCGGCUGGAGGUUCGCCCCAUGCCAGUUCUUCAUCCACUUCGGAUCGAGAACAGAGCUCUACACUGGAGGAGUCGAGUGUGUCCACCGAUUCAGGCAUGUAUCCUUCCCAGAACCUUUCAAGCACUGGUGAAGUAGACGGAAGACAGUCUCCACACACAGAGGAGGACGAUCCCGUUGAAGAAGAAUCCAGUAACUCCAUCUACGAGCGUCACAUGUAUCUCAAAAAGCGUGGUUUUCCUCUUUGGAUUCCUCAGCCCAACACGACACUUUCUCGUUCAUAUCAACGACGAGGUGUCAGCAUCGGCGAUGUUGGAAUUUUCACUUCAAACGGUGGCUUCGACUUCCUCUUCAAUGUUUGCUUGCCCGCUGGGGACCCAAGUAACCCUGACGAACUUCCUGAAGGCUUUUCUCGCCUUGAGCUGAAACCAGCAGAUGUUUGCAAAUUCCAUGCUCAUUCUUCGCACAGCCAUUUAGCCAGUCCAGACGUAAAGAAGCGAGACAGGGCAAUAUUUGAAUGCUCCGGUUCUGACGGCGCUAUUCUAGCGAUGCCUAAAGGCGCAUACGACGAAGAUUUGAAAAAUAUUAGGAGAUUUAGAGAAUAUACAUUGAUUCACGCUGAAAGCUGGUAUCAGUACGCCAACGGGCCUUGCGGUCGAGAAAUUGGCAAUGGGGAACUUCACUUGGUCACAGGGUGUGACAAGACAACCUCGUGGGGAAUCGCAACCUACUCGCAUCUCCAGUCGAAACGUCCUGAAGACAACGUGUCCCUCUUAAGAUUCAAUCCUGUUGGCAACGAACGUCAAGGUCGAUAUGCGACGUAUGAAUGGGACUAUGUGGGUGUGGCACAGGCAAAGUCUGGUCCCGAAGAGGAUGAGCUUAUGGAUUUAGGGGUCAACGACUCUGUUCCUCUACGAAAUCAGUGUACCUUCACCCGGUCGCUUACCCCCGCUUUCGGUGAUGAUGACUGGGAGCGUCUCCAAUUGAAGGUAGCGUCUUCAGUGAAGGAUGAAGCCUCGAUGCGAUCCCCCAAGAGCCCUUUCCCUUUAGUUUUGGGUGCCAUAAGUUCUCUUCCAGGUCGCAUAGGCUUUUUGCGUGGUCAUAGGCGCGGGGGUAACUCCAAGGUAACCGAUUCAAUGACUCCUGCACAGACAACAGCAGCUCACCCCGCAGCCUAUGUCAUUGACAUGAUACUGCGAAAGUGCCCCAAAGCGAAGGUUGUAGUUGUCCAUGAUAGCAACUGGUGCUCUGUGAUUCGAGACUUAGUGAGCCAUGAACUUCAUGACUUGACGUCAAGUGUAAAGUGGAUGUUAGGAUGA